CGCCUGCCGCGCACCCCGGGGGCGCUGCAGCAUCCCCCGCCGCUCCUGCCCUCCUCCUGCCGCUCUCCUCCUCCUCCUCCUCCUCCUCCCCCCGGAAAGCAGCCCGGCCCACCGCCGCCGGAACAAAAGGGGCGGCCGAAGGUGGCGGCGUGGCCGCGCCCGCUGCUCCUGCCGCUCCGCCACCAUGUCCGCCAGCGGCGGCAGCUCCCCCGGCAAUGCCGUGAAGAAGCGGAGCCCCGCCGGCUCGGCCGCCUCGCUGGCGCAGGAGGACGAGAAGCAGGCGAGGGAGAAGAUGCUGGAAGGGGCGCAGGAAAACGGCUGUGCCCGCUCGCCAUCGCCCUGCGGCUCGGCGGAGGCGGAGGGGGUGACCCUGAAGCGGAACAUCACCCUGCUGAACGGCGUGGCCAUCAUCGUGGGCACCAUCAUCGGCUCCGGCAUCUUCGUCACCCCCACGGGCGUGCUGCGGGAGGCCGGCUCGCCGGGGCUCUCGCUCGUGGUCUGGGCCGUGUGCGGCGCCUUCUCCAUCGUGGGCGCUCUGUGCUACGCCGAGCUCGGCACCACCAUCACCAAGUCCGGCGGGGACUACGCCUACAUGCUGGAGGUGUACGGCUCCCUGCCCGCCUUCCUCAAGCUCUGGAUAGAGCUGCUCAUCAUCCGGCCCUCCUCGCAGUACAUCGUGGCUCUGGUGUUCGCCACCUACCUGCUCAAGCCCAUCUUCCCCACCUGUCCCGUGCCCGACGAGGCUGCCAAGCUGGUGGCGUGUCUGUGUGUCCUGCUGCUGACAGCUGUGAACUGCUACAGUGUCAAAGCUGCCACCCGUGUGCAGGACGCCUUCGCUGCGGCCAAGCUGCUGGCGCUGGCUCUCAUCAUCAUCCUGGGCUUCGUGCAGCUGGCAAAGGGUGAUGUGGAAAACCUGACCCCUGAGAAAUCCUUCGAGGGCACCAAGGUGGGCGUUGGGAACAUCGUGCUGGCCCUCUACAGCGGCCUCUUUGCCUAUGGAGGAUGGAAUUACUUGAAUUUUGUGACAGAAGAGAUGAUAAAUCCCUACAGAAACCUGCCCCUGGCUAUCAUCAUCUCCCUGCCUGUUGUCACGCUGGUGUAUGUGCUGACCAACUUGGCUUACUUCACCACGCUGAGCACCGAGCAGAUGCUGACGUCCGAGGCCGUGGCUGUGGAUUUUGGGAACUACCACCUCGGUGUCAUGUCCUGGAUCAUCCCUGUCUUUGUUGGGCUCUCGUGCUUUGGGUCUGUCAAUGGAUCUCUUUUCACUUCUUCCCGGCUGUUCUUCGUGGGAUCCCGAGAGGGGCACCUGCCUUCCAUCCUGUCCAUGAUCCACCCCCGGCUGCUCACCCCGGUCCCGUCCCUCGUGUUCACGUGUGUCAUGACCCUGCUCUAUGCCUUCUCCAACAACAUCUUCUCAGUCAUCAACUUCUUCAGCUUCUUCAACUGGCUGUGUGUGGCCCUGGCCAUCAUCGGGAUGAUGUGGCUGCGCUACAAGAAGCCAGAGCUGGAGAGGCCCAUCAAGGUGAACAUCUGCCUGCCCAUCUUCUUCAUCCUGGCCUGCCUGUUCCUCAUCGCCGUUUCCUUCUGGAUGACGCCCAAGGAGUGCGGGAUCGGCUUUGCCAUCAUCCUCAGUGGGAUCCCCAUUUACUUCUUCGGGGUCUGGUGGCAAAACAAGCCCAAGUGGGUUCUGCAAGGCAUCUUCUCCACCACCGUGCUGUGCCAGAAGCUGAUGGAAGUGGUUCCUCAGGAAUCCUAGGCAGGAACAGCAGGGACUCUGAGCUCGAGGAAACGCACAACGUUGUUCUGAGAUGACACAAGGAUCCCACCCCUCACUCCCCAGUCCCCGGCACCGGAGCUGCCUCCUGCUGCCACCACUGCCCCGAGGCUCUGCUCAGCUCCUGCAGCCCCUCCAGCCCCUCCCAGCCCUGCAGAGCAGCCAGAAGUCCUUGGUACGAGCCAGGAGGAGGAAUUCCAAAGGGCACUUCCAGGGGGGUGCUGCCAGUGCCCUCUGUGUGUGUGUGAGGGCCGUGCCAGGCUCUGGGGGCUCCUUUGCUUUGGCUCUGGGAUCUGCUGGAGCCUGCUCUGAGUGUUCAGAGUGCCUGGGGGGAGCUGGAGCUGCCAUGGAUUCCUGGGGGGGUUCUGAGCUGCCUUACCUGGCCCAGGUGGGGGUGGGAAGCAGAGGUUGGCUGAUGUUGUCUCACUCCCCCAAACCCACACCCCCAUGUGCUGCUGGACACUGGACGUGGGGGGGCCUCAUCUGAGUGUCACUGUGCUCCUCACUCGGGGCCCCGCCACCCUUUGGAUUUGGAUCACCACUCUCAGAUCUAAGCCAGCUCCCUGCUGCUGAGCCAGUCCUCCAGGAUGCUCUUCCCCACAGUGCCCGUCCCUGGGAAUGAGCACUGAGGGGGGAAUUCCUGCUGGGAAACCCAGGAGCUGCAGUCAGCUGAGGCCAAGUCCUUGGCUUGCUCAUUCCAUGCUUUUCUGUGCCAGGCUUUCAUCCAGCAUGGGAUGAGCAGCUCUGUGCUCUCUCUCCUCAUGGCCCUGCUCAGGGAGCCAUGUUUGCCCCAUAACCAUCAGCAGAGAGAAAUAAAGGGUGGGGAUUGCCCUGGCACAUUCCCUGGGGUCUCUCCGUGCACUGCCUGGCGCUGUUCCCUUUGUCCUGCUGUGUUUCCUCUGGAAUGUGCCAUGGAGAUGGGACCAACUGGCUCUGGGCUGUGGAGAAGGGCAGAUGCUCUGGCUGGCUGGAGCCUCCUCGGGCUGCUGGAGAUCAUGGAAUGGUUGGGUGGGAAGGGACCUUACAGCCCACCCAGUGCCACCCCUGAAUGGCAGGGACACCUUCCACUGUCCCAGGCUGCUCCCAGCCCUGUCCAGCCUGGCCUUGGGCACUGCCAGGGAUCCAGGGGCAGCCCCAGCUGCUCUGGGCACCUGUGCCAGGGCCUGCUCACCUGUGAGCAAGGAAAGUGAGCUCUGCUCUAAGGAGCAGGGCCUGGGGCUGAUCCUCCUUCGUGCAUCAGGUCUGGCUUGCUGAGAUCCCAGCACCACCCUCCCGUUCCAGGAGCAAUCCCUGAGCACAAUCCAUGAUCUGCAUGUGAAAUCCUGGUUUGCUGCUGUGGGUGGUGCCAUCCCAUCCCUGAGCACCCCCAGAAUUCCUGUAGUUCCUGAGUAGUCAGCACUGUCCCCUUAGGGACACGUUGCUUUCUUUGGUCCAAAGUGUCACCUUUUGGAAAGCUGCAGUUCCUGAACCAUUUGCUCGUUGUGCCUCUGUGCUCUGACAUCACCUGGAAUUCUGGAAUUCAUUCUCACCUGGAAUUCUAACCUUUCCCCACUGGAGCUGCUUUGCUGUCUCUGUUGCAGAUCUUUGUGCUUGUGCUUUGUGCAGGUGGCUUGGUGAACUAUUUCCCAUUUUUUUUAAUCUUGGCCGUUGGGAAGCCGGGGUGCUCCGGGAGCUGUCGCUUCCCGUGGGUUCCCCUUGGAGCAGAGUUCUUUGGGGUGAAGGGGCAUUAAGGACACCAUGGUACUCCUCAGGCUUUGUCCUGGGAAGUUCUGCAGCACUGCAGGUGUGGUGGGGCAGGGGCAGCUCCUGCCCAGCUGUGUGGCCGUGUCCAGGUGCAGCUCCACACUCCCACUUUGCCAGCCCCGUGUCCUGCUCCGAGGCAGGAAAAGGGGAGACAAUCAGCUCUUUAUUCCAUGGCAGCUGGAGUGGAGAUUCCCAAAUCAGCUCAGUGACAGUGUGGAGAUUCCCAAUCCAGCUCAGUGACAGUGGACAUUCCCAGUGACAGCGAGGAGAUUCCCAGUGACAGUGUGGAGAUUCCCAAUGGCACUGUGGAGAUUCCCAAUGCAGCUUUCUGGGAGCUGAGUUAAUCCAUGAGGAUUUGCAGCUGCUUUGGGAAUAUCCAGAGGGCAGACCCCAAGGUUUUUGGCCAGUGCAAUGAGUUGGAGCAUCUCAGAUCCAAUGCCAGUGGAGGGGCUUUGCCAUAAAUAAGGUCAUGAAUCACAAAACCUGAACUCGAGUUUUGGCUUCUUCCAGCUGAAGGCUGAGAUGGUUUUGAGCUGAUCACAGCUCCUGCUGGACCUGCUCCAUGGAGAGGGGACCUCAGUCUGUCCUGCAGCCACUCAAGCUGCAGUUUUUGUUGGCUGUGAGGUCUCAGGGCAGCUCCUGCAGGGCCUGGGUUCAGCAUGGGGCUCUCAGUGCCAAAACCCACCAGCAGAAUUCCUUGGGAUGCAAAGCAAAGGCAUUGGAAUCUCAGUACCUCAAUCCAAAGUCAGCUGGCACCAAGGAGUCAGCUCUCCACAGAGAGCUCAGGACUGGGGCCAGACCUCCCAAAGGCUGCCUUGGACACAUUGUCCAUCAGGUGAUGACCAUCCCAAUGUCCUCCUGGUGACCCUUUCACGCUGCUUUGAAAGAGGAGCUGUCACACUAAAAAGUAUUUUUUAAGCAAUCAAUGGAUUUUAAUUAAAUCCUUAACUGGCUUGCUUUGCUUUUUGUGGGUUUCCAUGAUUUCUCACUUGCUCUUGAGGAUUUUCUCUUGUACUAACCUGAGGCUCUGAUCCCACCUUUGUGGGCAUCUCAUCAGCAUCUCCUUGGCAAUAGAGGUUUAGGAAGAAACUGAACCAGGUACCAGCAGAGAGCCACAAAAAGGCUGAAUUUGGUCAGCCACAGCUCACAUCUCAAAGCUGAUCUUCCAAAAUCUGAUUUCUUUCACCCUGGAGUCAUUGACCCCCAUAGCUGCCCUCCACCAGAGCUUGGUGGCACGGCUGGAAGAGCUUGGGUUGGAUUUUCCUGGAGGUUUGGUAGAUAAUGAGGGAAGGGGUAAAACUGAAUUUCAUUUUAGAAAGAAAAGUAGUUUCUGCAGUCAUGGAAAUGACAGCCUCUGCUGUCUGGUGUGGUAGCUUUUCCUUUGGAUCAGCAACAUCUGCCCCCAUCUUGUGCUGUUCUGAUGGGUUUGGGUAUGGAAAAGGGAGAAUUCACCCCUGGGAAAGAGCUCCUUGCUGCUUGUUUUCCUCAAACAUGGAGUGAGAUGUGUCAGGGAGGGCAGAGGAGCGACAGUUCCCAGUUUCCCAUCCUUCCCAGCACUGGAGCUGGGAUUUUUCCUGUUGUUUCUCUGUCGUGCUCUUGGGAGCCUGUGGUCAGACAGGGAGGGAGGUGAACCCUCCCCACAAGGACCCUGCGAGCACAGUGACCUGCAGGAGGUCCCACAGGAAUCUGUUCCUUUGACAGCUCCCUGCAAGUCCAGCUGGAGCUGCUCUGUCCAUGGAAUUGAGGUUGGAAAAGACCUUGAAGGUCACAUUGCCAUGGCUGUGCCAUGGUCCUGUGCUCCUGAACUGACCCCAGCUUCAAUUCCUGCUCCUCUGCAGUUGUUUCUGAGCUCAGGCUCCCAGGCUGGCAGCUGUUUGGGUGUUCACAGAAUUGCAUCCUGCAGGGAUUGCUAAACAGAGCAGGAGCUGCUGGCCAGGCACUUCAUUCCCGUUGGGUUCCUCUUUCUAAAUGAGCCCUUCCUCCAACUGGGAGGGGAACCAGCCCUGCAAGAACCAGGGGGAUUUAUGUCAUCGUGAUGGGCUUGUAAUGAUUUUAUUUUAUUUUAAACUUCCUGCAGAAUUGGCAGUGGUUUCCCUCUCAGACACCGUGUUCUGGUAAACAGGCUUUUGUUUGGAACGGCCCCUCGGAGUUCAAAGGGACUCUGGCACAGUUGAACAAACUUUAAAGGCCCUUCAGCUGGGUUGGAACUCCUGGGAAGUGGCUUUGUUGUUGUCCAAGUCCUCUCCCAGUGGGUGGCUCAGGCAGGGGAAUAAGUUGGGCUCCUCCAGGGGCUGUUCCUUGGAGCUGUGACUUCCCAGAGAUAUUCCCAGAGGCAGAGCCCUGGUGUGGCUGCAGGGAAUCCCAGGGAAUGUUUCCACCAGUCUGGGCAGGUACCUGUGCCUUCAACCGAGGGCAUGGCGCUCUCGGGUUCUAACAGAAAAUCAAAUUACAAAAAUCCUUGAGGAAACUGCCAAACAUUGUCCUUCCACAACAUGGGGUGUAAGGACAGCUGCUGUGGGCUGCCAGCUCUUCCUCCAUCCACUCUGCAACCUCAUGACAUGAAAUUGGGAAAGGGCUGGAAGAAAGCAGCUCCUGGAGCUUGGGAAAGGACAGCCCCAGGGCAGGGCUGGUGCCGAGCUCUGGCUGUGACGCCAGGGAUUGAAUCCCAGGGAUGAGGCACAGCCAGCCACGCCUGGCUGCCAAGGAGGGAGAUCCUGCAGGGCUGGGAAUCUGCUCCUCAUCCCUGCAGGCUGGGAAUCUGCUCAUCCUGCAGGGCUGGGAAUCUGCUCCUCAUCCCUGCAGGGCUGGGAAUCUGCUCCUCAUCCCUGCAGGCUGGGAAUCUGCUCCUCAUCCCUGCAGGGAUGGGAAUCUGCUCCUCAUCCCUGCAGGGAUGGGAAUCUGCCCCUCAUCCCUGCAGGGUGGGAAUCUGCUCCUCAUCCCUGCAGGGCUGGGAAUCUGCUCCUCAUCCCUGCAGGGCUGGGAAUCUGCUCCUCAUCCCUGCAGGGCUGGGAAUCUGCUCCUCAUCCCUGCAGGCUGGGAAUCUGCUCAUCCUGCAGGGAUGGGAAUCUGCUCCUCCAUCCCUGCAGGGUGGGAAUCUGCUCCCUGAUCCCUGCCAGGACAUCCUGGAGCCCUCGGUGCUGCGGGAAGCUCCAGGGCUCCUCAUUCCAGGUGUCUCCUUGAGGAGUUACACCCAGGAUUGUGCUGGCUUUGCCUGGGCUCGAGUUCUUCCCAGUUGGAACUGGAACUGGGUUGGGGAUGUGUGUGGGAUGCUGCUGGUGCAACCAAGAGCUCCCAGGUUGGUGGUGCAGUGGUAGGCAAUGUGGCUGGGGAUCACUGAUCCCAAAGGAUCCCAUAUCCAGAGGAUUAUUCCUUGCCUGAGAAGGGGUGUUGCUUCCUCCAGCUGUGGAAGUGGUAAUGAGUAAAAAUAAAAAGUAUUUUUUUAAACACUGAAUUAAUUUCUAGACUGCCUAAAAGAGACUUUAUAGCUCCACCUGAGUUCUUCCCCAGGGCUGACGCUGAGCCCAGCACAGGGGCUCUCCCUCGUGCCAGGUCUGGCUGUGCUGGGAUCAACGGCAGGCACGGGAAAAACCUCCUGCUUUGUUCAGGGGAGCUCCAAGUGCCACCAGAAUCCUUGGAGAGGGAGGAUCUUGAGUGGUUCCCAGACCUUGCUCCCACCCUCAGAACAAAGGGAGGGCGACCUUCACUCCUGGUGGAGAAUCUGACUUUUCAGAGACUUUGCUUUGUAUUUUUGUUGGUUUUUUUAAACACAGAAAAAAAAAAAGGCUCUUAACAUACACAAGAAAACCUGAACCUGAUUUACAAUUUUGUUAUAUUUGGUUGCUUUAAAAAACCUGUUUUACUAAUUUAAAUAUAUCUGUAGAUGACACUAUAUUUAUUUGAAAGGGGUAAAUAUCUUUUAGUCUUAAUUCUUCUCCAGCAAGCGCUGUGUGUUCCCAAUGUUUGUGUUCCUGGCAGCACAGCAAUUCCACUGACUGAGGGCUGGCCAGCCAGCAGCUCCUGAAUCCAAUGGCCUUGGACAACAAGAUGUCUCUUGCAAUGUAAUUUUUUUUUGUAGUAUUUCUUGAUUCUUUUAUGUCUGUGGUUUAACAAAUCUGUUCAAUGUUUGGGUUGUUCUAUGUUUUGGGUUGUUUUGUUUUGUUUUUUUUUAACAAAGAAAGCUGAAUUACAACACUCUGGUUGCUGGUCUUUGCCUUGAAA